UGGAGUGUCUCCCUGCAGCCUGGAGGGUUUCCUGGAUUGGGUCUCUGAGCUGUGUUUGUUGUCCCAAGAGGUUCUCCCUUUUCUAGAUCUUUGCUGGAGUUACGUCCUUCCCAUCUUUGUGUUGGGUUUCUUGUCCAGGGGGGACCCUGCCAGACACAUUCCCUGUCCCCAGACUCUGGCUUUGUUCCAUCUUUGAUUAGCCCUCCUCUGCUUUGGAGGAGCCAAUCCUCCCUCAGCCCCUCCUGGCCACUUCCCCCGCAGGUCUGAUCUGAAUGCCCUGUCCAAGGCUUCCUUGGCUCCGCCGCUCCCAGGCCCCUCAGGGCUCCAGCCCCAGCUCCCCAGGCUCACCAGCUUCGCCUCGCCCUGUGAGCGGAGGCCAGGACGAGGACGACGAGGAAGAAGGGGAUGGCAGCCCAGGCUCUGACCCUAUCCUGUCCCCAGCGUCCCCUGUGGAAUGCCUCAUUUGCGUGUCGCCCUUCGACGGCAUGUUCAAGCUGCCCAAGUGCUUGGAUUGCGGCCACGUCUUCUGUCUCGAGUGCCUGGCUCGCCUCUCACUGGCCACAGCCGGCGGCGGCGACGCGGUAGCCUGCCCCGUAUGCCGCGCUCCCACCCGGCUGGCCCCACGCCGCGGGCUGCCUGCCCUGCCCACGCAGCCGGGCCUACUUCCCUGCGACGCACGCACUCCGCUGCCACGGCAGGGCUCUGUGCGCUUCGAUCGCCGCCGCGGCCUGCUGUACCUGCGGCCGCCGCCACCCCUGCCGGGGUCCCGCAAGGCCCGCGCCGCGCUCCCGCCCCCGCUGCGUCUCGGCCGCCCACUGUCCCGCCGCCUCUCGCUGAGCAGCCCGGCCUGGGCCUUCAACGCUGCCGUAGCGCUGGCUGUGCUGGUGGCUGCUGGCCUGGUAGUCUCGGGUGUCUACAUCUUCUUCCUUAUCCCGCACGCCGCCUCCUCAGGCCCUGCGCGACCCCAGCUUGUGGAACUCGCCCCAGCACCUUCUUUCUGGUUGCCACCACCAACUGCCCCGGAGGCGCCCUGGACCCCCGACUGGACAUCAGGCUCCACAGUCCCUGUCCUGGACUCGACCCUGCUGGGGGAGGUGGGAGAAAUGAAGGAGGCCCUGAAGGCGGCCAGGGAGGGCCUGAAGGAGCCUGCGGAAGGCGAGGGAACACUGGACAGGGGGAGGCUUUAGGAGUCACAGUGAAUGUGUGGCUGCUACAAGCUCGGCAUCCAAACCUGGAGACCUAGUGCCUUUCUUCCUGGGACCUUAGCGGUUGUGGGGCUGUCACCCACCUGCCAGCCUGGGCACCAUAUCCCCCACAUCGUGA